AUGGAUUAUGGUCAACCAAUCUCAUUAAUAGUUGAUGAGGCAGGUCUCAUUCGAAAAGACAACUCAUCGUCACAUUGUCAAGUCUGUGAAACCAAUGGUGCACAAUAUCAUUAUGGUGGAUUAUGUUGCGUCUCAUGUAAAAUGUUUUUCCGUCGCAAUGCAAAAUUUGAUUUAGAUGCUCAUGAUUGUGUAUUCAAAGAAAAAUGUGGCAUAACAAUAAAUAGUCGACGAGCAUGUCGUUAUUGUCGUUUAAAAAAGUGUUUAGCCAUUGGCAUGCAACGAGAACUAUUACGGGCGUCACAUCAUCGUCGAGUUAAAUCUAAUGAGAAACCUAUAUCUUCAACAACUGUGAUGUCACCACUUGACUUAUUAAAUAAUGAUCGUUCAUUAUUAACUGAAGAACAGAAAAGUCGUGUAUCGAAUGUAAUUCAUACUUAUGAUACAAAAUCUUCUGUUAGUCAUAUACGUAAUUUACUAUCGACACAAUCGAAACAUCCAGUAAAAAUGCGUUUAAAAAUGGCUAAAACAAAUAUUUUAGAAAUAAUUAUAUCUAUGUAUCAAGGUAUACUUCCAUUUUUCGAAACAUUACCAGAAUUUCAAACAAUGCACCGUUGUGAUCAAAAUGAAUUGAUUGAAAGAAAUCUUGAAUAUGUUGGUGGUUUUAAUGCAAUUCUGGUAUUUCGCGAUGCAGAAGUUCCGUUUAGUACAGCAUUUAAAAAUGGUUUUCCUUCAAUUUAUGGACCAACAGUAGUCGACGAUGCCAUAAAUGUCGCACUUCGAACUGACACAGAUGUUACACUUAUCAAAUUAUUAAUACCUAUUUUAUUAUUUUCAACAUCAUACUUUAUUCGUGCUCCAAACAGUGUACGUAAUAAAUAUCAAUUUUUUGAAACAGCGAUGAAUUCAAUUUUCUACAAUACAAAACGUCUAUUUCAUAUUCAAAAUAUUUAUAUUGAAAUCAUGUUUAAAUAUAUGAUCUAUCGAUUUGGUUAUAAUAAAGCAUCGUUACGUUUUGCUGCUCUCAUUAAAAGUUUUCUCGAUCAAAGCAUGUGUGUCUUCCAAGCUGGAGCAAUUGAAUCGCAUGAUCAGUUAAUGCAAAAAAUUGGUAAAGAUACUGAAUUACCGUUCAAACCUCAAAAUGAAAAACUAUAUUGA